UGGCUACAGGUGCCCAGAUAGUCUACCCCGGAUACCCACGCGCCAUGUACCGCGCACUCCGUCUCCUGGCGCGCUCGGUUUGCCACUCCCGGGCUCUGGGUUCAUACUUAGCCUCAGCUCCUGGCUUUGGUGAUCCAGCGGUCCUCCGGAUCCGGUGUCCGAACUCCGCCAGAAUGGCAAGCCAAAAUUCUUUUCGCAUAGAAUAUGACACCUUUGGUGAACUCAAGGUCCCAAAUGAUAAAUAUUAUGGUGCCCAGACUGUGAGAUCUACUAUGAACUUUAAGAUUGGAGGCGUGACAGAACGUAUGCCAAUCCCAGUUAUUAAGGCAUUUGGCAUCUUGAAGCGAGCAGCUGCUGAAGUAAACCAGGAUUAUGGUCUUGAUCCAAAGAUUGCUAGUGCAAUAAUGAAAGCAGCAGAUGAGGUAGCUGAAGGCAAAUUAAAUGAUCAUUUUCCUCUAGUGGUAUGGCAGACUGGAUCAGGAACACAGACAAAUAUGAAUGUAAAUGAAGUUAUUAGCAACAGAGCUAUUGAAAUGCUAGGAGGUGAACUUGGCAGCAAGAAACCUGUGCAUCCCAAUGAUCAUGUAAAUAAAAGCCAGAGCUCAAAUGAUACCUUUCCCACAGCAAUGCACAUUGCUGCUGCAAUAGAAGUACAUGAAGUACUGCUACCAGGACUGCAGAAACUACAAGAUGCCCUUGAUGCAAAAUCUAAAGAAUUUAACCACAUCAUCAAAAUUGGCCGCACUCACACACAGGAUGCUGUACCACUUACUCUUGGACAGGAAUUUAGUGGUUAUGUUCAACAAGUCAAAUAUGCAUCAAUGAGGAUAAAAGCUGCCAUGCCAAGAAUCUAUGAGCUUGCAGCUGGAGGCACUGCUGUUGGUACUGGUUUAAAUACUAGGAUUGGCUUUGCGGAAAAGGUUGCUGCAAAAGUGGCUUCGCUUACAGGCUUACCUUUUGUCACAGCUCCAAAUAAGUUUGAAGCUUUGGCUGCUCAUGAUGCCUUGGUUGAACUCAGUGGAGCCAUGAACACUACUGCUUGCAGUCUGAUGAAGAUAGCAAAUGAUAUUCGUUUUCUGGGCUCUGGUCCCCGCUCAGGUUUGGGAGAACUGAUUUUGCCUGAAAAUGAGCCAGGAAGCAGUAUCAUGCCAGGCAAGGUGAACCCUACCCAGUGUGAAGCAAUGACCAUGGUAGCAGCCCAAGUUAUGGGAAAUCAUGUUGCUGUUACUGUUGGAGGCAGCAAUGGACAUUUUGAGUUGAAUGUUUUUAAGCCAAUGAUGAUUAAAAAUGUGUUGCACUCAGCCAGGCUGCUAGGGGAUGCCGCAGUUUCAUUCACAGAAAACUGUGUGGUAGGAAUACAGGCCAACACAGAAAGAAUCAACAAACUAAUGAAUGAAUCUCUAAUGUUGGUGACAGCUCUUAAUCCUCAUAUAGGGUAUGACAAGGCAGCAAAGAUUGCUAAGACAGCACACAAAAAUGGAUCAACCUUAAAGGCAACUGCUAUUGAACUAGGUUAUCUCACAGCCGAACAGUUUGAUGAAUGGGUAAAACCUAAAGACAUGCUGGGUCCCAAGUGAUUUAAAUGAAUUUAUAAUAAAAACAGUUAUGCUGUAUUACCUAAAAAAAAA